CCAGCGAGGGCGCGAGUGUGUAACAACAACACGGACGGUCGACUGGAAUCCUUUAUUUUGCUUGUUUGACAUUGCUGUAUUUAGUUUAACUAUAAGGUAUCACAAAGCACGUUACGAGCGGAGUUCAGUAAGGUCACUAUGUAGUACGAUCUCUGACCUGGGGGAGAAAGUCAGUGUCCCGUUUUAUAUGUGAAUGACAGUGCAUUUCUUUUUCAACACGUACACAUCACCAGUGCACCAGCCAUCCGACGUGCAGGGCCACAGCUGAUGGGAUUGUAACCAGUGACUUUGGUAUCUUAUUAAAGUUAAGCAACCGUUAAGACGCACACUUAGCGAAAUUCAACUAGCUGUGAGGAUUCGUUACUAAACUAGACUAAAUAUCUGUGGUUAUUAUUUAUUCACUUUUUCAUCUGUCCCUUGCGCUGGCUUACUAUUUGAGUUGACACCAGUCAGUUGUCAGUGCAUACGGCCCCGUGCCAUGGAAAUUAAAUUCGACGGCAAACGAGCUCUUGUUACAGGCGGUGGGAAGGGCAUCGGUCGCGGCAUAGCCAUAAGACUGGCCGAAUGCGGCGCUCAAACUGUCGCGGUGAGCAGAACCGAGGCGGACCUCGCGGCCCUGAGGGCUGAACAUCCUUCCAUCGAGACGCACGUGGUGGACCUCAGCGACUGGACGACGGCGCGGCGAGCGAUAGAAUCCCUCGGCCACUUCGACCUGCUGGUCAACAGCGCCGGCGUGUCCAGGAUCGCGCCCUUCGUCGACGUGAAGGAGGAGGAUUUCGAUUUCGUCUUCAACACCAACAUCAAGGCCCUCUUCAACGUGUCCCAGGCGGUGGCCAAGUCCAUGAUAGCACGCGAGACGGGGGGCGCCAUCGUGAACAUCUCCAGCGCGGCCUCCACCCAGGCGGUGAGCGAGCACGCCGUCUACUGCUCCAGCAAAGGGGCCGUUGAUUCCCUGACCACCGUCAUGGCCCUGGAGCUGGCCCGGUACAACAUCCGGACCAACGCCGUCAACCCCACGGCCGUCAUGACCGACAUGGGCAAGUACUCGUGGAGCGACCCGGCCAAGGCCCAGCCUCUCAUCAACAGGAUCCCCUUGAGGCGUUUUGCGGAGGUCGAAGAUGUUGUCAACGCCGUGAUUUGGUUGCUAAGCGACAAGGCCGGCUACGUGAACGGCGUGACGUUGCCGUUGGAAGGAGGACUCCUGGUGGCUUAGGUUAAAUGCUUCUGUUAAGCUGUUUUAUGAUUGGACUCCUGGUGGCUUGAUCCUGGUUUUAUUAAGCUGUUUCAUGAUAGGACUCGUGAGCUUUUGUCAUAUUUAGGAGGGUACAUAUACUUAGCCCCUUGGUUAUUGGAGCAUGUUACCAUAGAACAAAACAUUAUAGAACAAUAUUACAAAUGACAAAGAUGUUAAAUAAGAAAGAUGUUUAAUGAGAAAGAUAAUAAAUGACAAAUAUGUUAAAUGAGAAAGAUGUUAAAUGACAAAGAUGUGAAAUGACAAAGAUGUUAAAUGACAAAGAUAGUUAAAUGACAAAGAUGUUAAAUGACAAAGAUGUUAAAUGACAAAGAUGUUAAAUGACAAAGAUGUUAAAUGACAAAAGCGUUAAAUGACAAAGAUGUUAAAGGACAAAGAUGUUAAAGGACAAAGAUGUUAAAUGACAAAGAUGUUAAAUGACAAAGAUGUUAAAUGACAAAGAUGUUAAAUGACAAAGAUGUUAAAUGACAAAGAUGUUUAAUGACAAAGAUGUUUAGUGACAAAGAUGUUAAAUGACAAAGAUGUUAAAUGAGAAAGAUUUUAAAUGACAAAGAUGUUAAAUGAGAAAGAUGUUAAAUGAGAAAGAUUUGAAUGACAAAGAUGUUUAAUGACAAAGAUGUUAAAUGAGAAAGAUGUUUAAUGACAAAGAUGUUUAAUGAGAAAGAUGUUAAAUGACAAAGAUGUUAAAUGACAAAAAUGUUAAAUGAGAAAGAUGUUGUUGUUAUUUCUUUAACUAUAGACCUACAUAGUGUUCCAAAAGAACUUCAGCUUUCUUGCAGUCAACCAUUCUGUUUGAACAUCUGGCUUGUAGAUGGCCACCCUGCCCUCUAUCACGUCAAGUGUACGUUUCUAGGUCAUGCACAAUAUUCACAUGUUGGUUGAUAUGUUAAUGCACAAUCUUUACAAACCUGUAUUUUUUCAUUAUUCAAUCAUUUACCUUUGCUUGCAUGCAGUUUGUUAUAAUGAAAACAAUAAUUUCAAUGAUAUAGUACAAGCCUGCACAACAUACGGCCCGCGUACCGCAUGUGGCCCGCCAGCACCCACUUUGCGGCCCCUCGAAGUAACGUAAAAUUCUUUAUUCUAAUUAUUUUCUAAAUAGCUUCCCCCCCUCCUCCUGUCCUAUUUUCUUUUGGGCCGCACAACUUUUUCAUAAAGUAUUACGGCCCACUUUACAUUUUUUUGUUGUGCAGGCCUGAUAUAGUAGAUAUAUUUUAGAGUUGCUGAUCUAGUGUUUCCCUCAAUAACAAGAUUCUUCGAGGCUUUUAAAUCAUGUGAUCAUUCUAACACUUGAAUAUUUUCCCCAUCUGAUUGUUAAGAGGUUUGCAUUCAUUUUGGAAGUUACAUCAUUUAAUGAUAUGAACAGACGUUCCUCAGUUCC